ACCCCAUCACCAGUUGCUCCAAAAUAUACAUACCGCUCCCAAAUCAUUUCUUCUCUGAGAAACUAUAGAAAACCCCAUUAGUGAAACAAAAUUUUAUUUUCGUUCUUUCUGAGAAUAGGGAAAAAGUGAGGGAAAAGAAACUACGAUGUGUGGAGGGGCUAUCAUCUCCGACUAUAUCCCGCCAAACAGAUCGCGGAGGCUCACGGCGGACUACUUAUGGCCCAAUCUCAAGAAACCCAUUUCAGGGAAGCGAUUCUCGAAGCCUCUCUUCAAGAAUGACAACGACAAUUUCGAGGCCGAUUUUCAGGAUUUCAAGGAUGAUGUUUCCGAUGUAGAUGACGAUGUUGAGGUCCUCGUGCUCGAUGGCAAGUCCUUCGCUUUCUCUGCUGCUCGUGACCCUGGAUCCAAGGCUAUAAAAUCUGUGGAACUGAAUGGGCAAGCCGAGAAAUCUGCGAAGAGAAAGAGGAAGAAUCAGUAUAGGGGAAUCCGGCAGCGCCCAUGGGGUAAGUGGGCUGCUGAGAUCCGAGAUCCAAGGAAAGGUGUCCGUGUGUGGCUUGGAACUUUUAACACUGCAGAGGAAGCUGCAAGAGCAUAUGAUGCCGAGGCACGGAAAAUUCGUGGCAAGAAAGCUAAGGUGAAUUUCCCUGAUAAUGCUACCCGUACGUCUGCAAAGCGUUCAGUGAAGGAAAAUCUGCUGAAGCCACUUCCCAAGGCAAACCUGCACUCUGUGCAGCCCAACCUGAAUCAAAAUUUUGAUUCCAUGAACAACUCUGAUCAGGACUACACCAUGGGAUUGAUGGAAGAAAAACCUUUUACCAACCAGUAUGGAUAUUUGGACCCCAUUCCUCUCGAUGGGGAUGUUGGACCCAAAUCCUUUGUUUCCUCUGGCGGCACUACCCCCACGUACUUCAAUUCAGAUCAGGGGAGUAAUACAUUUGAUUAUUCUGACUUUGCAUGGGGUGAACAGGGCCCUAAGACGCCAGAGAUCUCGUCCGUUCUUUCAGUUAAUGUAGAAGGGGGCGAAUCUCAGUUUCUGGAGGAUGCUAGUCCAAGGAAGAAACUGAAGGUUGACUCUGAAAAUGUUGCGUCUGUUGAAAAUAACACUGCAAAAACAGUUGUGGAGCUCUCUGCUUUGGAGUCCCAGAUAAAUUAUCAGUUGCCGUACCUGGAGGGAAUGUGGGAUGACUCGAUUGAGACAUUGUUUAGCGGAGAUACAACUCAGGAUGUUGGGAACCCGAUGGAUCUUUGGGGCUUCGAGGAAGACUCAGUUAUGGUUGGGGGAGAUUUCUAAGCAAACCACUCCCAUGCUUGCUAGUAUGUAAAUAAAAAUAAAAUCAGAAUGAUGUCAUCUGUGUGAUGGAGUACGAUCAAAGUUUGAAGCUGCUCGAGGCUUUUAUGGAGUUUACAGGUGCUUAGGUUCCUUUGAAGACAUUGAAUUUGGGAUCGAUCUUUGUAUCAAUGACGCAUGGUCUGUGAUAAGAUUCUAAAACAUUAUAAAUGUCAACUUUGGUGUUUGUUUGCA